AUGGAGGCUCAAGAUGGUGAUGCCUUCUUUUCGGGGUGGGAAAGCAAGGAUUGGUUCUGGGUCAGUCAAGUGUUGCGUGAGUCCAAGUCUUCAAAAGCUAGGCCCCCGUCUCACACAUCCGACAACUAUGGAUAUGAUUGGCCCCAUGACCUCAACUGGAACCCUCCUCCGGACAUCGCAUUCGGUUCGACUCCCUUCAUCCACCUCCCAACCCGGAGAGACAUGGCUUCCGAAGACGGAUCGAUCCGACUCCCCGAAUCACUUAACGAUGCCCUGAUCACUCGUUUGCCGCCUACGGCAUUUUACAUUCCAGACUUUAUCUCGGACGACCUCCGCCCAUUUCUACGAAACAAGCUAACCAUGGCUUUCGCGCAACUAUUACAGAUCGCAGAGGCCCCGAAACCCCGCUGGAAACAGCUCACCCACCGACGCCUACAGACUUGGCCCUCCGAUCUCGUACAGAACAAACUCAUCGAUGCCCCAUUACCUCCAUGGCUCGAGACUCCCAUCGUACCUCGCAUUCUAUCCCUCAGACGUAGCCGUCUCGACUCCGAUGCUGCCUGCCCCAGCGACAUGUUCUCCGAAAGCCCCCAUCAACGACCAAACCAUGUCCUGAUCAACGAAUAUCCGCCCGGAAUCGGCAUCAUGCCACACAAGGCGAGUAUCAGUCUCGGGGCAAGCCUAUGCCUGAACCUCUAUCGGAGCAAAGAGGACGGCGCCCUCGACCCAGACCCCGCCUGGAGGAUUUUUCAGGAGCCGCGGAGCCUCCUCAUCACCACCGACUCCCUGUACACCGACUACCUACACGGCAUUGCCGACGUUGGCGAGGACGUCAACCUAUCUGCCGAGACUGUGGCCAACUGGGACCUCUUGCGAUCCCCGGACAUGUUCACUGGCGGCCGCAAUGUGCGGGGAACGCGCACUAGUCUGACGUAUCGCGACGUGAUGAAAGUGACCAAGCUCGGGCCCAAGUUUUCUCUGCUUGGAAAGCCACGGCGAUGA